GCCUCCUGGGCGGCGAUGGCGCUCCCCCCGCCGCCCCCAGGCGACAGCGCGGCCGCGCUCCCGCCCCCGCCGGGCACGGACAUGACGGGGAUCUGCUUCCGCGACCAGCUGUGGCUCAACACCUACCCGCUGGACCGCAACCUCGUCUUCGACUACUUCGCCCUCUCCCCCUUCUACGACAUCACCUGCAACAACGAGUCCCUCCGCUCGCGCCAAAUCCACCCCCUCGACAUGUCCCAGCUCAUGAUGAUGACCGGGAUGGAGUACGUGCUGAGCGAGGUGAUGGAGCCGCACCUGUUCGUCAUGCGCAAGCAGAGGAGGUCCAACUCCGACAAGGUCGACCACCUGCUCGCCUACUACAUCCUCGACGGCUCCAUCUACCAGGCGCCCCUGCUCGGCAACGUUUUCGCCUCCCGCAUAAGUAGGACUAUGCAUCACAUAUCAAAAGCAUUUUCUAUAGCAUGCUCGAAAUUGGAGAAGAUUGGCAAUGCAGAGACAGAGUCUGAUGCAGCAGCUUCUGAAUCGAAGACCCAGAAGGAAGCGGUUGACUUCAAGGAGUUGAUGCGAAUUGAUAAGAUCCUCGUCAAUUUGCAAAAGAAGCUGCCUCCUGCUCCUCCCCCUCCACCCUAUCCGGAGGGCUAUGUUCCACCAUCUGCAUCAGAAGAGAAAGCGCCGGAUGAUCUGCUGGCCUCAGAGGCAUUACCUCCCGUAAUUGACCCUAUUAUUGAUCAAGGGCCAGCAAAAAGACCAAGGUUCCAAUGAGAGACUUAUGUCGAUCAAGUGAACUAGCUGACACGAUAACAUCAUGUAUUACAAAUUCAGAGUAGAGUUUUGCGAGUCCUGAACGGGAAGACCCAAACAAUUAUGUGGAUGUGUACUGUGACUUAAUCCAUGAUACGUAUUUAAAUUGCA